AUGGCCUUUAGGUCAGUCGCUAGGGCCAGGGGAGGUCACCAGGAGGUACCAGGCGGUCAGCCACUCCUCAACACCAUCUCUUCCGCAGCAGAGAGCAGCAGCAAUGGUUUAAUGUUCUCAGAUCGAUUAUCUCAGGUCUUCGACUCCGACUGUGCUCUCUCUCUUCUGUCAUCCUCCACGCAUACACCUAGCAUCAAUCUUGGCCAUGAAAUGUCAGUCGAUAGGGUCCCGAUCUGUGGUCAGCCCAUGCUCUCUAACCUAGAAUACGGCGCUGGACUUGGUCUAUAUUCUCAUAUACAAGCAACCUCUAACAAUGUCUCGACGGCGGGGGUUUUGUGCUCUGGUGUUGAGAAUGAGCGUGGGGGCACCGAUGCGGUUUCAGACGCCAUAGAAGCUGACCUGCAUUGCCAGAGUAUAUUCCAUGAUGAGGCGGAAGGGACUUCGGAUAGGGUUUCCCGGUCUCUCCCCUUCUCAUGGUAUUAGAUCAGGUGUUUGUGAUUCGGAAAUUGCCUUCUUCCAGCUUUGGCUUCUUUGUUUUCUACCUGAGUAGUGAGAUUCCUUGGCUUUAGAUCGGAUGGAAGUUUUAGUGAUUUAGCUGAUAAUUUAUCUGACAAUUGCAUACAUGGCACUCAGAUUUUGCUAUUUACAAAUUUAGCAUGCUCUAUCAUACAUUUUUUACAUUCUCGGUCAUAUAUCAAAUUCAUGAUAAAA